GCAGCUGGCAGCUUCCCCUUUUCUGAUCUGCUCUGGGCCCCAGGUUCCUUCCCUCUCAGUGCCUCAGAGGAGGGGACAGCAGCACCAUGGCCCCCCACGCGGCCACCAUCCGCCAGACCUGCUGCUGCUUCAACGUCCGCGUUGCCACCACUGCCCUGGCCAUCUACCAUGUGAUCAUGAGCGUCUUGUUGUUCAUCGAGCACUCGGUGGAGGUGGCCCACGGCAAGCCCUCUUGCAAGUUCUCCAAGAUGGGCUACCUCAGGAUGGCCGACCUGGUCUCCAGCUUCCUGCUCAUCAUCAUGCUCUUCGUCAUCAGCCUGAGCCUGCUGCUCGGCGUGGUCAAGAACCGGGAGAAGUACCUGCUGCCCUUCCUGUCCCUGCAAAUCAUGGACUUCCUCCUGUGCCUGCUCACCCUGCUGGGCUCCUACAUCGAGCUGCCCGCCUACCUCAAGCUGGCCUACCGGAGCCGCCCUGGCCCCUCCAAGGUCCCACUGAUGACCCUGCAGCUGCUGGACUUCUGCCUGAGCAUCCUGACCCUCUGCAGCUCCUACAUGGAAGUGCCCACCUAUCUCAACUUCAAGUCCAUGAACCACAUGAAUUACCUCCCCAGCCAGGACAACAUGACACAUAACCAGUUCAUCAAGAUGAUGAUCAUCUUUUCCAUUGCCUUCGUCACCGUCCUUGUCCUGAAGGUCUACAUGUUCAAGUGUGUGUGGAGAUGCUACAGGUACAUGAAGUACACGAACUCGGUCGAGGACAAGAGCAACUCCAAGAUGCUGCAGAAGGUGGUCCUGCCGUCCUAUGAGGAAGCUCUAUCUCUGCCAUCCAAGGCUCCAGAGGGGGGCCCAGCACCGCCCCCAUACUCAGAGGUGUGACCCUCGCCAGGCCCCAGCCCUAGUGCUGGGAGGGGCGGAGCUGCUUCCUAAUCCGCUUCUUUGCUUUGGUGGCCUCUGUGGCCUGGGUGGACCCCCCCGGCUGACUUCAGGACAAUCUGUUGUGUCUCCUUCGCUGGCCUGCUCCCCCUGCAGGGCCCGUGAGAUGCUCACAACUGGGUCAGCCCUUUAGGGCUGAAUCACUUCUCGGGUCUCUCAAACAUUCAGUCCACAGAUGCUUGGACUGCUUCGAUCAGCUCCAAUACUUGUUUAGAGGAUUGAUCAUUCUAAAUUCAGUGAGUUUCUUAAACAACUAUCAACUUGAUCAGUUCCACCAAGCAACUGACAAGUCAAACACUCACUUGUCAGUUCAGUAAAAUAAUUCGGUCCAUUGCAUUGGUUUGUAAGAGUUCACGCAGCGAUUUUGUCCUCAUCAAUGAGCCAGCCCUCAAAUAUAUACACACACACAUAUUUAUAAUCAAUUCUCUUCAAAUAGCUUGCUUAAGCAAUUAUCAAUUAGCCAACCAUAAGUCAUUUAGAAUAGCAAUACGUAGAAUAGUGAUAAAAUUCAAUUAAACAAUCAAGUUAGCUCCCAAAUCACUUAAUUCAAAUUAACCCCACAACUGGCUGCCCACUCUGGUCAAUUUGGCACCUCUGAGUGGCUGUGUAAUUGUCAACGCAAAUCAACGUUCUGUUAAACAGUUGUCGAACUAUCAUUGCACAAUCAGCUGCAGGAAGUGACGGUGGUUUCGAUCAUAAAACUUUCCCUUCAAACACACAACCGUCUGGCUGCGGAGUCGUCACCACCAGCAGUCAAAUGCUUGCUGAUCCAGUCCCUCUGUGGUCACAUAGCCGUGGACGCUGUGAGGUCACCUCCGUCCCCGUCACCUUACUAACCAGUUGUCAGUGCAUUCUGCAGGCCAGGCCGUCGACUGCCAUCCAGUCAGUCGUAGGUGAGUCAGUUCUGCACAAAGCUUGUGGCCAAGCAGCAGUUCAGCCCUGCAGUCAGGCACGUCCGUUUGUGGGACUAAGCCCAGAGGUUACUUCAGUCAAAACAGGCAACCCCCUGUGGGCGCAGACCCUGUGACUGGGGAUGUGGUGGCGGUGGCGGUCACGAAGUUUUGGCCCCAGCACCCCCUAUUGCCUGCUUCCCUGUGGCCGGGGUUCCCAAGGGAGCUGACCCAGAAGCGGGGACAGGGCGGUGGAGGCAGGUGUCUGGGGUCUGUGGGGGGCACAGAGGGAGAGGCUGUGCAGGAGCCUCUGCGCUGACAGCCCUUUGUGUAAUUGCUUUGUGUUUCAAUAAAGCAGCAACAAGCUUGUC